UGCUAAACACAAUAUUAUUGUUGAGCCAUGGCGUAGUUAGUUUCCUCUGUCGCUUCCUUCAUGGAACCUUUUAUUUUCUUCUGCAGAAAGGUGGCAUGAUAUAUCACAAUAAACCCGACCUCCCAAGCAGGAUCCAGCCGUGAGCGAUUGAUUUCUUGCACGAUGGCGACGAUUGCCCUUGCGGCGCGCGAGACGCCCACCAAGGGCAGUCGAGCCCCCCAUAUCCUGGCCAUUGUGGGUGCGCUGACCGGCCUGUCGGCAUUGUUGGUCUUCCUGCGUUGCUACGUGCGCCUGUUCAUCCUGCGCAAAUUCCACCUGGAGGAUGGGUUCAUGAUUGCAUCCUUGGCCUGCGCAUUCGGUCUACUGGGCUGUUUCAUUGGGGAGUCUCAUCAUGGCGUCGGUAGCUGGUCCGAGGAUAUCAGUGCGGCUGAUUCGGAGAAGCUGGACGAGUACAUGUUCUACCACGCCAUCGUGAUCGUGCUGGGCAUCAGUUUAGUGAAGAUCUCGAUCGGGUUCUUCUUGCUGCGGUUCACUUCGCAGAACAAAAUCCUGAAGUGGUUCAUCAUCGGCACUUUGAUCUUCUUGGCUUUGUUCACCAUUGCCUGUAUUCUGGCACUGAUCUUCCAAUGCUGGCCCGUUGAGGCCGCAUGGGACGUCGAGCUGAAGAAGACGGGAAAGUGUUACUCGAUCGAUACGUACCUGCGCAUUGGACAGUUCAACAGCGCCAUCAACAUCAUCACCGACUUUAUAUUCGCCACACUGCCGGUGUUCAUGUUCGCGCAGAUUCAAGUCAACAAACGAACAAAGCUGUCGCUUAUGGGUAUUUUGAGUCUGGGAUAUUUCGCCUGUGCCGCGGGAAUUGUCAAAACAGUCCUUCAAAGUCGAGUGUUCGGUGACGCUGAAUCCUACCGUGAGAGUCAGUAUCUCAUUUGGAACUUUGUCGAGCUCGCCGUCGGGAUCAUCGCCGCCUCCUUCCCUACAAUAAAGCCUCUCGUGAAAUCCUUCAUCGGUAGCACCAUGAGCCUGACCAGCGGCCACCGCACCGGAAAACGCACUACCCACGGCUACGGAUAUCGCAACCAGGCCUCAGGCUACGCGAUGCACUCAAUGUCACGCAGCCGACCGGACCGAGAGGACCAGAAAUAUGCUGUCCAGAUUGCAUCGGUGGCCGACCGAGCAUCAGGAUCGAGCGAGGAAAAUCUGACAAAAGCCAGUGGACCGUCGUUUCCGCCGCACAUUAUGCAGACGACGGAGGUGACCGUGCAGAGUGAGGAAGCCGAUAUGCCCAGCCGAAUGGGACCCAGGUGGACGGUCGACGAUCGAAUAUAAGCAUCUCAGGGUAUUGCGUGGCAUGAUGGAACUGUAUGAUAAUCUUAUAAGUCUAGAUUGGCUAGGGAGGCGACGGAGUUGGUAUUGUCACUGGGUUGCUUUUAGGGAAUUCUGCUUAUAGCCGGGGUCAGUGCACAGAGGUAGAAUAGUACAUACAUAAUUCAUGUAGUGUCACACUCGCAAGGGAC